AUGACGAAGACCAAUCUUGCCGUGCAUCUUAAAUGGCUCCUUGGUCAAGGCCCUUCCCUUUACCCCUCUUUGUCUGCUGAAAUCCCUCCUAUCGAGCCCGAGAAUCGCGUCUCGUUGCAACAACCUCCCCUCCCUGACGAAGGCGAGCUAUCAAAUGUGAUUUUGGAGGAUCUAGAUGAUGUAUCCGACGAUAAUAUGGCAAGGUUGAUGCUUGCGCCUCCAUCAGGAAGCAAGCCUCGUAUGCUCAGCUGUUCCGACACCCGGCCACCAAGUUCACCUUCGACUGUCAAAAAACCGUCUUCAUCGAGAAGCGUGGUUCAAGAAUCGUUUCUUGAAGCGCCACAAUCCUCCUUCAAAAGUGUUUGCCCCAAAGCCACUCCUCUUCGGUCAAAUCGCAAGCUUGAGAGGUCUCCAUUCGGUGAGAUCGAAUCGAUUGAUUUGACCGGUGACCACGAUCGCUUCAUACCGUCAUCAUCAAUAACAACUGCUGAUUUUGGGGAACCACGCCGCUUGUGGACCGAGGAAGCAGCAUCGCGCGAAGGGGCCCGUGAAAAACGAGGCAGGAAGCGGAAAAGCGAUGAGUAUUCAUCAGAUCUCAUCUCGCCUUCAAAACAUGCGACUAAAGUUCGAACACCGUCCAAGGCAAGCCUGCCUUCAUCCUCGGGGAAUAUCACAGAACUGGCCCAGAUCACGAGCCAGGUCAGCCAGGUUAGCGUGUCAAAACGGGCAGCUCAAUUCAAGCGCGAUCCUCCAAACAUCCUGAAGAACAUUCAUCCGAGUGUUAUUGCCGAUUCUGAUGAAGAAGAUCCAUUCGAUGAUAGCUGGCUGAACGAUGAUCAAGUUGAUAAUAUGGUUCUGGAUGCCGAUGCAGGGUUGUAUCCAAAACUCCCUCCAAUCAGCCCUGUAGACCAUGAGAAAAGCAGUUUGGGAGAUUCGCAUCAGGAUCCAGAAAUGAACGAUACAAUGCGUCCUCCAAGUCGCAAAGUAAAGAAGAGAAUCGACCAGGACUCGAUACCGCCCCCGCAACCCUCCCUGGCGCCGAAGAUCCCCACUCUACAAGAAAAGGACAAGAAUGUUGUCAAAUUUCUGAGCUUGUCAUCGCACGCUUUGGAAAAGUCCAUUUCACAGCUGAAGACCACUCUUCAGGCGAAUUCCGAGAUUGUUUAUGAGCAGGCAAUGGAAGGCCGACCAGCACCUGACCUGAUUGCCGCAAAUAGGGAUCUUGUUACCCGGAUCCAGGCCAUUGAAUCCUUGCAAAAACAUCGAAGCACGCACAGUGAAUGCAUCUCUCGCAAGGAAAGUCUAAAGCAGAAUCUGAUGUCUGCCAUCUCCCAAGGUCUGGACCCAACAACCAUGCCGGAGGAGCUUGCACGGAGUCGAGCUGUUGAGUCAGAGCUUGAGAAAGUUGAACGAGAAAUACUCGAACUUCUUCCUCAAGCUCAGAUCUUGGAUUUAGCGGCAAAUCCCGGGUCGGGUGAUUCUGGAGACCCAAUGAAGCAGUUGUGCUUUGAUCCCAUCCAGGCGUCUUCCAGGCGGCAAUUCGAGGACUUUGCCCCAGUACGGGAAGAAUCACCUCCGACCUCCCCACAGCCUAUGGGCAGGGCUGAAAGACUUGGAACACAACAAUCAUCCUCUGCAAAUUCGAAGGUGGCUCGGGAUGUUUCAUGGGCGCUGGAUCGUAGCAGCAUGGCUCGCCAAGAUGCUUUUGUCUCACGGAAUAUGGCCUCACCUCAGCUUGCAAGUGCUGUGGAUUCCGACGACUUUGAUUGGAAUGCUAGCGAUGAGGAGAUGCUCGAAGUAGCGGGGAGUUUCGAUAAUGGUCCCGAACCACCUGUCCAAGAAGAAGUAUUCAAAGGCCGUCGAGUCUUCACAGAGACAUCCGGCAAUGCCUCUCGCAUGCCCUCUCUGAAGAAAUCACCUCCCCGGAACUCAUUUUGGUCCAAUCAUCCCUGGUCCCAGGAAGUAAGAACUGUCCUUAAGGAUAGAUUCCACCUCCGUGGGUUCCGAUCAAAUCAACUGGAGGCGAUAGAUGCAACGUUGGGUGGAAAAGACACAUUCAUUCUGAUGCCAACCGGAGGUGGAAAGUCCUUAUGCUACCAGCUCCCUUCUAUCGUAAAUAGUGGCCAUACCCGUGGUGUUACAAUUGUGGUGUCCCCACUGCUUAGUCUGAUGCAAGACCAAGUGGAUCACUUGCGAAAACUGAAUAUCAAAGCUUUCUUGAUCAACGGCGAAUCUGACAAGACUGAGCGAUCGUGGAUCCUUGGCCAGCUAUCCAACGCCGGCGGUGAAGGCCUAGAGUUGUUGUAUAUCACCCCGGAGAUGAUCAACAAGAACCAAACCCUUGUCAGAGCUCUCGAAAAACUCCAUCACAGGAAAAGACUUGCCCGACUAGUCAUUGAUGAGGCUCAUUGUGUCAGCCAGUGGGGCCAUGACUUUCGACCCGAUUAUAAAGAACUGGGCGAGGUUCGGACAAAGUUACCUGGUGUACCGCUCAUGGCUUUAACUGCCACCGCAACGGAGAACGUGAAAGUGGACGUCAUGCAUAAUCUCAAGAUGAAGGGAUGUGAAGUAUUCUUACAAAGCUUCAACCGCCCGAACUUGACCUACGAGGUGCGAAUCAAGGGAAAGAAUGAUGAAGUGCUCGCCGGCAUUGCCGACAUAAUCACCACCUCUUACAAGAACCAAUGUGGAAUUGUCUACUGUCUGUCGCGCAAGACCUGUGAGAAAGUUGCGGAGGAUUUGCGAAAGAAAUAUCGCCUCAAGGCCCAUCAUUACCAUGCAGCAAUGAAGUCCAGCGAAAAAGCCGAAGUUCAGAAUUACUGGCAGCAAGGCCGAUACCAUGUUAUUGUUGCCACCAUUGCCUUCGGCAUGGGUAUCGACAAGCCAGAUGUGAGAUUUGUGAUUCAUCACAGCAUCCCCAAGAGUCUUGAGGGGUACUAUCAGGAAACUGGACGGGCUGGUCGAGAUGGCAAGCGUUCAGGUUGCUAUCUAUAUUACGGAUACAAAGAUUUUGCGACAUUGAAGCGUAUGAUUGAUGAUGGUGAUGGCAAUUAUGAACAAAAGGCUCGCCAGAAACAAAUGCUACGCAAUGUUGUUCAAUUUUGUGAGAACCGCAGUGAUUGUCGACGAGUGCAAGUUCUCGCCUACUUCAACGAAUACUUUCGUCGAGAAGAUUGUGACGACUCGUGUGAUAACUGCAAGUCGGAUUCAGUUUUUGAGCUCCAUGAUUUUACUGAGUAUGCAUCGUCAGCCAUUAAGAUUGUCCGGCAUUUCCAGAACCAAGCGUGUGAUAAAGUGACCGUGCUCUAUUGUGUGGACAUCCUACGAGGGGAUUUAAAACGAGCCAAGUCAGCUUCUCAUAAGCAGCUACCUUGGUAUGGCAAGGGGUCGGAUCUUGAGCGAGCAGAAGCAGAACGGCUUUUCUACCGCUUACUGGGCGAAGACGCGUUAGCGGAGGACAACGUCAUCAAUGGAAAGGAUUUCGCUGUUCAGUAUAUCAAACUCGGUCGACGCGCCACGGAGUACGAAACAGGCCAGCGUCAAAUGAAGCUGCAGGUUCGCGUCUCUCCCAAUGGCAAAGGGAGAGCGGCAGCGCGUCCUGGACAGAAGAAAUCUGGAAGCCAGGCCUAUCCUCAAUCCACCAUGGUUUCUUCUCCCAUUCAAUCGGCAACUGACCGUCGCCAUACGCGUUCCAAACAGAAAUCUGUUCAUAUCAAUCACUCUUCAGCGGAUGAGGAUAGUGAUGGCUUUGAGAGGAUUCGAGUGGCCGGCCGAGCCCGGAAUAAAAACAUACGCGAAGUCAACCUUCCCAUCAUAACCGACCAAAAGAUGGAUGGCCUGGAUCAUCUUCACCGUGCUGUUGUGGAAGAUUUCGAGGUUACGGCUAAGAGAUAUCUUCAAGAGAUCGUUGCUGAAAAAGGCCCUCAAUCCCAACCGUUCCCAGAUUACAUCCUUCGUGAUAUGGCCAUCUCAUUCCCUAAGACGGUCUCGGAGCUCUCUGCUAUUCCUGGGAUCGAUCCAGACAAAGUAACCCGCUAUGGUCGCCAGAUAUUGAGGCUGGUGGAUAACGCCAGGCGACGUUAUCAUGAAUUGAAAGAUGAUGCGGAGACAAAUGGCAUCGUCCCAGACCCCAACCACCACAAUGUCAUCAACCUUAGCAGCAGCGAUGAGUACAGUGACGACGACGAUCUUUUUGUUGACCAGGCGCCCAAUAAUGACCUCGACCGGCCCAUGGCAGAGACCUCCGAUAAUAAUAUCACUAGUCGCUAUUUCCCUCCUCCGCCAUCGCCUGGUUUUGAUCCCGAUAGUGUCUUCGAAUCAGGACCGGCGGCCUCUAGCUCUAAGGGUCGCAAGCGCGCUUAUACGAAGCGACCACGCCGAAAAAUUGGCGGCUCUACUGGUGGCUGGAAAGCCAGGGGAGCCUCGAAAGCGAGAUCCAAACCUAGCACCGAUCGCCCUUCAAGCCGGUCAUCUGCGGCACCACGAAAGACUUCGAAAGCCAAAACCUCGAAAUCUACGAUUGGCAUGAUGCCUGUUUGA